CAACGACAACUGCAAUCGAGAUCAUGGGUUCUGCUCUGACGCCUUGGUAUUCACACUUUGUUGAUUGCUAAAUUUAGACACAAACGCAACCGGGCCGGGACAUCGUGCUUUGACAAUGUGCUUGCGUUCGCCGAUAUAUCGGCGAGAUCCGGACCAAAGUCAAGUCAGAAUUUGACUGGCCGUGUCUUCGCCGUGAUUUUUCCCAAAGGCGGUAAGGAGGCCACGCGACGAGAGCAGAGCCCGUGAGGUGGCCUUCUGUCAGCGAACAAAGAAGAAGUCGCCGAGCAUGGAAGCUGUCGUUCAAGUGUUUUGAACCCGGAUUUUGUGAUGAACACUGUCAGACAAGUCCCACCACGCUGGACAUUGGCGACAAAAUACGUGUCUUGCAAAAGUGAUCUUUGAAUCGCCGAGACGACCUUUGUAUCGCCAACCUUCCAGCUGUCUGGUCACUGAAGGGCGAUGGAGUUCGCGCCACUUCGAAGACACCACGCACUUGUCUCCUGUCCGCUUUCGAUCACGGCGAACUAUCGUUCGUUCGCCGGCCUAGCUCUGCCGAUCACCGCGCCACGCGAGCACGUGUUCGAGAGCUUAGGUAGGAGCCGCUGGUGCGCGAGCCACGUGCAGCGUUGCCCUCAAAUCUCAUUGCAUUGGCGCGGACUCGCAGGAAACGGGCUAUCCAUACGACACAUUCUCCGCUCUGGCGGUUACGGUACAUGUGAGAUGCAAAGGACAGCAGAUCUCUUGACAAGUAUCCAGCUGCGUUUUCUACACUCCUCGGAGUCGCAAGUCUCCCAUGGGCCUUCGCUAUCACUGCGACCUUUAGAAUCAGGUUUAAGGACAGAUUGCCAUACAGACUUGCCCUACAAGCUGGCGCGGGCAGCUCAGAUGUCAUGCACCACGCUACGUGGUCGUGUUCGGAGAGCGCCGCCACUUCCAUGCCCCGCCAGAAAUGUGGCGAUCGAGGCGUAAAUGAAAAAAUUUCACUUUAAAAUUUCGCCAAGACCAAAGCGGCAGCUGAUCUUGCCG